ACAAUUUCCUCAGUGUUUUUUUUUCGACAGUUGUAGACAGUUGCCAGUUGCAUGAUGAAUUCCGGGUUCAUUCUGACGUGAUACUCUUGUUUAUCAAAUCGAAUCGGUCAGUAUUGCAUUCACCUUCUCUCAAACAAUACUAAAUCGAUUGAUUGAUUAAUGUUCACCUCAACUGCUCAAUUUUACGGAGAGUAUAAUUUUCAAUGGAUUUUCGGUGACUUUCACUGGUGGUGAGACAGGUAUAGGGAGUCGUGGAAAUUUUGGGACACGGAAAUUGGGGGGAAAAAUUGAAAAUUGGGAAUUAAGAAGUAAUAAUUUUGAAUUUUAAUCGUCGACGUGUGUUUCUGCUGUGGAAUGGUGCCUGGAGUCUUCUGGAGACUUGUUAUUAUUUUGAGGGUCACCGGGGUCAGGGGAGACCCCACCGGAGGUCAAUGAAGUGAGAGUCGUGAAAAAGUAUUUUGGACCUUUUUUGGAGUUAUUUAUUUUUUUCGAGUUUGAGGGACUUGGGAUUUUGGAGAACUUUUGAGAAUCUGAAAUGUCUUCUGGGAAUCCCGCGGGGGGGUUGGUGGGUGGUGGGGAACCGGAACCUCCAGCUGUGCCCGAUUAUUCGAGUAUCAGGGGGAAGGAUGUGCUUGUGAGUCCGUCUGAAGAACAAUAUGAGUUACUCCUGAGACGACUGAAAGAGAGAAUACUGGAUGGAGGAAGUGAAACUAUUUUCGACAUUGGAAUUGGUGAAGACGGAUCAGAGGAUGGAUUGAAGCCCGACGAAUACGAGCCCUCGGUGGCAACUCUGCAGUCUCUAGCAGCGACAUUAGAAGCUGAUUGUGUCCUGCUGAGGCAGAGCAAGGUGGAGCAGGGUCUGACAGGGCAGUACCUGGUGAGGAGACGCCUUGACCAGCAAGAUUUCCUCGAGAUCAGAGUGGCAGUGGUGGGUAAUGUCGAUGCUGGAAAAUCGACACUCCUGGGUGUCCUCACCCACGGUGAACUCGACAAUGGACGUGGCCUCGCCAGGCAAAAACUCUUCAGGCAUAAACACGAGGCUGAGACUGGACGUACCAGUUCAGUGGGUAACGAUAUCCUGGGAUUUGACAGUGUUGGCAAUGUCGUAAAUAAACCAGAACACGGUUCCCUCGAUUGGGUAAAAAUAUGUGAAAAAUCAUCGAAAGUUAUAACAUUCAUCGACCUAGCUGGACACGAGCGGUACCUGAAGACCACAGUCUUCGGUAUGACUGGUCACGCUCCAGAUUUUGGAAUGCUGAUGGUGGGGGCCAAUGCGGGAAUCGUGGGAAUGACUAAGGAACAUCUUGGUCUCGCCCUUGCCCUCUCUGUUCCUGUUUUCGUGGUCGUCACGAAGAUCGACAUGUGUCCACCUAAUGUACUCCAGGAAAAUCUCAGACUACUGAUAAGGAUUCUCAAAUCACCUGGCUGCAGAAAAGUGCCUGUCAUUGUCAAAACCCCUGACGAUGUUGUUGUCAGUGCAACUAAUUUUGUUUCUGAAAGACUCUGUCCGAUAUUUCAAGUGUCGAAUGUCAAUGGAGAAAAUUUAAAUCUCCUGAAGAUGUUCCUGAAUUUACUGACAGCGAGAAUGAUAAGUCACGACGAUGAGCCUGCUGAAUUUCAGAUUGACGACACCUAUUCAGUUCCUGGUGUGGGUACCGUAGUCUCGGGGACAACUCUGAAAGGCGUCAUAAAGCUCAACGACGUUCUGCUCCUGGGUCCUGACCCUCUGGGUCACUUCACCCAGAUAGCGGUGAAAAGCAUCCACAGGAAGCGAAUGCCCGUGAGCGAAGUGAGAGGUGGACAAACAGCAAGUUUUGCUCUCAAGAAAAUCAAGCGCUCACAAAUUCGGAAGGGAAUGGUAAUGGUAUCGCCAGCCCUGAAUCCUCAGGCGUGUUGGGAAUUUGAAGGUGAGAUCCUCGUUCUCCAUCAUCCAACAACAAUUAGCUCGAGGUACCAGGCAAUGGUGCACUGUGGAAGCAUCAGACAAACUGCGUCCAUCCUCUCAAUGUCCCAAGACUGCCUGAGAACUGGAGACAAGGCUCUUGUACACUUCAGAUUCAUCAAGCAUCCAGAAUACAUCAAGCCUGGACAGAGAAUGGUCUUCAGAGAGGGACGAACAAAAGCAGUUGGCAACGUUUUACGACUGAUUCCUCACUCAUCAGCAAUCAACCCGCAAAAUUCACGAUCAGGCAAGCCUAACAAAAAUCAACAGAGUCGUCAGAAUGCUCUAGAGGGUGAGAGCAAUGGAGCCUUCGAGGGUCAAGCCUCAAAGCGUGAAAACAUGCCCCAAAAAUCAGGCUCUGGCCCAGCGAACAAAAAAGGGAGGGGCAGGAGAGGUGGCAGGCCCCACAAUCCAUCGAAUUCCAAUGUCCAGCCCCUCUCCGAACAGAAUCCACCAUCUAAAGUCUAAAUUAAACUGAUUUAUCUCAAGAUUCGAUGUAAAAAUUCUAUAAAAAAUUUUUUUCACUUGGUUUUGUUAUCUCCUGAAGCUAUUCACCAUGAGGAUCAAAAAAUUGGUAUAAGCUGGCUAAAAUGGAACCUCUCUACCAAUUCCAUGUUCUUUCUGUGUUUUUUUUUCAGAUAUAUCUACGCACAUAAAAUUAUAUAACCAUUCGUCUCCAAAAGAAUUGAUGAAAUUCUAAAAAUAGUUAUGGAACAGUAUUUUUUUAAACCAAAAUGGGAUAAUUUGUUUUUUGUUCUUCAUUUGAAGUACUUGGUUGUCGAAUCAUAAUAAGAAAAAUUCUUAUUCAAAA